CCAAAGUUAUUUGCUUCGUUCACAAUCUUACUCCCGAGCCUACUAGAAUACACAUAAAUGGGGCUAAACCCAAUGUGUCAAUCCAUUGUAUAUUGAAAUGGGAGCCCAACGAGUGGAUUGGAUGUCCAGAGAGGACCAGAGCCCGCUCCCACUGGUAUGGUGACGGGUAGAAUAAAGCCUACAUAUUCACGGAGUUAUAUCGGCCCAAAGUACGGUUCGCCAUUACCGCGCCAAAUUUCAAAGCCUUCGGAUCUCGGAAGCUAACAAUGGGAGAAGAGCAAGGGUUCCCAGACAGGGACGAACUCGACGCUGCAGAAGCUCUUCUCCUCCUGUGCUUCACGCCGCCGUCUCCUUCUCUUCCGAGCGAGAGCAAACGCGAGAGCUCCUUUCCGUCGGUCGAUUUGAAGUCUGGAUCGGUUUCCAUCUCGGAGUGGAAUUCAAUUUCAAAUUCGAAAUCGUGUGCUUCUAUUUCCUCCGAUGUGACCUGGGAUGGCGGUCGCACAUUUCUGGAGGCUCAAUCGCAUCCAUGUCAGAAGAGGCUUGAGGUGGUUAGGAAGAAGAGGUCACAGAGCUUAUGCAUUUCGAAUGGCCAGAAAAGGCGAAUUGAGAAGGAGAUGUCACUAGUGACUAUGAUGCCCUCUGCAUCUUCUUCUUGCCUGUCAAAUGAAUCUGCUGCAUCCAACACCAUUUCCAGCGCAGGGAGCCACCAUGGCAGCACCAGAACAACGGGGAGGUGGGAGAUGGCAAAACCAGCAGCCGAAGUUUAUAAACAUGAGGAGAAGAAGAAGAAGAAGCCACUGGGGUCGAUACGACGCCGUGCAGUGGCCAUCCUAAACAUAUUGUCUUAUGGCUCUGCUUCUGAAGUCAGGAUCCGCCAACUGCUUGGUGAUAGCCCUGACACCAGCAAAGCCUUGAGAAUGUUGCUGAAGUGGGAAGAAGUGAAGAGAUCUGGGGCAGGAGGGCAAAGAGACCCAUUUAUUUACACGAUAGGAUAAGAAUUAAAGGCAGAUCAGCACACAGAGUUUCCAAAUAAAGAAUCUCCAGAAAA